GUGGUCUCGCGAGAGGUGACUAAGGGGCGGACGCCGGCGCGUCUGCCCUCCGGUUCCCCGCCCCGCCCCCGCCUCCGCCGCGGCCUCCGCCUCCCUCUGCUGGGUGAUUGCCGCCGCCGCCCCUCCCCGGCCCCGGGAGCGGCCGCGGAGCCGCCGCCGCCGCCCAGACUGCGCCGCGCGGGAGGCGGGAUUCGCAAGAAAUAAACCAGAAUGAGUUAUGCAGAAAAGCCUGAUGAAAUCACGAAAGAUGAGUGGAUGGAAAAGCUCAACAACCUACACGUCCAGCGGGCGGACAUGAACCGCCUCAUCAUGAACUACUUGGUUACAGAGGGCUUUAAGGAAGCAGCGGAGAAAUUUCGCAUGGAAUCUGGGAUUGAACCCAGCGUGGAUCUGGAAACUCUUGAUGAGCGAAUCAAGAUUCGGGAGAUGAUUCUGAAGGGUCAGAUUCAGGAGGCCAUCGCAUUGAUCAACAGCCUUCAUCCGGAGCUCUUGGACACAAACCGGUACCUUUACUUUCAUCUGCAGCAACAGCAUUUGAUUGAGUUGAUCCGCCAGCGAGAGACUGAGGCAGCGCUGGAGUUUGCCCAGACGCAGCUGGCAGAGCAGGGCGAGGAGAGCAGAGAGUGCCUCACCGAGAUGGAGCGCACCCUGGCCCUGCUGGCCUUCGACAGCCCCGAGGAGUCGCCCUUUGGAGACCUCCUCCACAUGAUGCAGAGGCAGAAGGUUUGGAGUGAAGUUAACCAAGCUGUUCUAGAUUAUGAAAAUCGCGAAUCAACACCCAAGCUGGCAAAAUUACUGAAACUGCUACUUUGGGCUCAGAAUGAGCUGGACCAGAAGAAAGUAAAAUAUCCCAAAAUGACAGACCUUAGCAAAGGUGUGAUCGAGGAGCCCAAGUAGAGCCUGUGCAGUCAACCCCGCGCUUUCUGCGCACAGGACUCGCCUUCCCUCGGCUCGACCCAAGGAUCUCACUGCAGUAGAAACCUUUUCCCCUGUACUUUUUUUUUUUUUUUUUUUUUUUUUUGACUCAGCAUCUUUCUUAAAAGGAAACCGGCCCUUUUAAAUGCUGGAAGCCCCACAGUAAAGGGCACAUCUGGGAAGGCUGGCUGGCUGUGCACGUGGUGUGUCCUGAGGACCUGGAUGCCAUGCAUCACUGUCAGGGUGCUCCUGUGCCUGGCUGCCCUCGGGGCUGGGUUCCUAGGGCUGCCGGUUUAACCUGGGCCUCCCCUCAAGGGACAUGAAGAGCAUCCAUCACCUUGCUUUUGUUGGCUUGUAGGCAGAUGAUGCCUUUGUUGAUUUUCCUGAGUCUUGUCAGGCCUUCAUCUUCAAGUUUUUCCUCAUCCUGUGUUUUUCAUUUUUUUUCUUCUCUAGGACAGAACAUAUAAAUUUGUAAAUCCUAAUUCAAAGAUGACUUUUGCGUGAGGGUA